AUGUUGGGUUGCGGAAACGAACACACCCGCCUAGGGCUCGGCAGCAGCCCUGUCCACAGGACCCCGACCACUCAUGCCGGCGUCCCCGACCGCGGUCAUGCGGUUGAACCUGCCAUUUCAUGUGGGAGCCUCUCAGCACCAAGAUGGGGAUGCCCGCGAGACUGUAGCCUCGCAACAGCCACUAACAGAGCUACUAAUUUGGGCAAGUCCCCCCCUCCUGUAUUCGUUCAGAGCAGCGGCGCCACGUGCAGGCUGCAGGUAGGAGUUGAACCCCGCUUAUCCGGACGGUUCCUGGACAUACAGGGCCCCAUUGCUAGGUCGGGAGACCGUGAUUGGGACAGCAGGACUGUGGCUGGCAGCCGUCCCGCCAUCCCCACG